GGUGUGCUCAUUUCGAUUCUUAGGAAGUUUGAUCUUCUGCAUUUGUUUCAAAUUCAAUACACCAAUUUUUGAAAUCUGUUUGAUUAAAUUUGUGGGUUUGCUGGUAAUCUACGCAUUUAUGUUCUUAGUCUUUUGAUUCUAUAUGGAUUAUUAAUUUCCCUAUCCAAAGAACCAAACGACGUAAUACAAAACCUCAAAGCCUCAGAGUUUGUGAAAAGAAGGCUUAGGAGAUGAAUCUACUUGUCCAAAGUAUGUUUGCCGUUGUGGUAAAAGGUCAUUGGAAUCACCUCUUGAAGCCUAAGAUUAGUUCUAGCUUAACAUCCAAAUCCAUCCACCAGAUUCUCCUUCGGCUCUCGUUUUACUGUUCAGGUCCUUCACUUUCCUGGGCGUUUUUCAAGUGGGUUGAGUUGAUUCCUGAUUAUAAGCAUUCUUUGCAAUCCUCAUGGGCCAUGAUUUUUAUCCUUACAGAGCACAAACAUUUCAAAACUGCACAGGGUUUGCUUGAAAAGAUUGCACAUAAGGAUUUCAUAUCCUCCCCAUUGGUUUUAAAUGCUUUGGUGACCAGCUAUGAUAAUCCUGAUGUGAAUGCACAUAUUUUGAGCUGGCUUAUGAUAAUAUAUGUGAAUUGUAAGAUGCCCCAGGAUGCUAUUCAGGUUCUUGAAUAUAUGAGGCUUCAUGGGUUUAAGCCUAAUUUGCAUGCCUGUACUGUGCUAUUAAAUUCCUUGGCGAAGGACAGGUUAACUGAUACGGUAUGGAAGAGUUAUAAGAAAAUGAUUCGAGUUGGAGUUGUUCCUAAUAUUCAUAUAUACAAUGUGCUAAUUCAUGCUUGUUGCAAAUCUGGGGAUGUUGAGAAGGCUGAACAACUAGUCUGUGAAAUGGAAUUGAAGUCUGUUUUCCCUGAUCUUUACACAUAUAACACAUUGAUAUCUUUGUAUUCUAGAAAGAGUCUGCAUUAUGAAGCUUUGUGUGUUCAAGAUAGAAUGGAAAGGGCAGGAGUCAGCCCUGACAUUGUAACCUAUAAUUCCCUUAUAUAUGGGUUUUGUAAAGAGGGCAAAAUGAGAGAGGCUGUAAAGCUAUUCCGUGAAAUUAAGGACGUUUCUCCUAACCAUGUUACGUAUACCACAUUAAUUGAUGGAUAUUGUAGAGUGAAUGACUUUGAAGAAGCACUGAGAUUAUGUAAGGUGAUGGAAGCUAAAGGUUUGCACCUGGGAGUUGCGACUUAUAAUUCAGUUCUUCGAAAAUUAUGCGAGGAAGGCAGGAUAAGGGAUGCAAAUAAACUCUUGAAUGAGAUGGGUGAGAGGAAAGUUGAACCCGACAAUGUCACUUGUAAUACAUUAAUAAAUGCUUACUGCAAAAUUGGAGAUAUGAAGUCUGCAUUGAAAGUGAAGAGCAAAAUGUUGGAUGCUGGACUGCAGCUCGACAGCUUUACGUAUAAGGCCCUGAUUCAUGGAUUUUGUUGGGUGAGAGAUAUGGAAAGUGCCAAAGAACUUUUAUUUUGCAUGCUCGAUGUAGGAUUAAGUCCUGGUUAUUGUACAUAUUCAUGGCUAGUUGAUGGCUACUGUGAACUAGGAAAUGAAGGAGCUAUCAUAAGUCUAUUGGAUGAGUUUUUGACAAAAGGUUAUUGUGUGGAUUUAUCAGUUUGUAGGGCACUAAUAAGAAGGCUGUGUCACCAAGAAAGGGUUGGUUUUGCUGAAAAAAUAUACAGCACCAUGCAUCUUAGGGGUGUAUCAGGAGACAGUGUGAUAUACACAAGCCUGGCAUAUGCUUAUUGGAAGGAUGGAAAGUCAAAUCUUGUCUCGGAGAUGCUAUCCGAAAUGACUAAAAGAAGUUUAUUGAUAAACCUCAAACUAUAUAGGUGUUUCAAUGCUUCUUAUGGACCUCACAACAGUAUUUUGCAUCUCUUUUGGGAUCAUGUCGCAGAGAGAGGCUUAUUAUCGAAGAGCAUCACCAAGGAAAUACAAAAAUAAAUUUGCGAACUUUUUGGUAAAAAACCUCAGCUUUGAUUGCUUGUUAAUUAUACAUGCAUUGGUCAAUCACAGAUUCACAGCAACAUGUACCUGAAGAAAUCCUUGGACGAUAAUUGGUUUAUCAUCGCAAGCAAUUAACAUUAUGUUGUAUGGUCAUACAAUUACAAAUGCAUGACUCCUGCCUUUGAUUGGAUCUGUGCAUUUUAACUCAGGCUGCAAAGGCACAUCGGCAACAGGAUAAUGAAACAAUACUCCUAAUAUGCCAGUACAAUUAGGAUAAUGAAACAAUACUCCAAAUAGGCUAAUACAAUUGAUCGUUGAGAUAUCCUCCUGCAGAGAAUUCUGCGCUAAUUUGUAAAUGAGAAAGGGACAUGGCUUAUUGCUUUAGCAGUUACGAAUCCUUGCAGAAUGUCGAGAGGCUAUUACGCCAUUGGAUUGAAUGUGCCGACAUUUCUUGUUUUUCAUUAUCGAAAGGGUAUAUGAUUUUACUAGUUCCGUUUUAUCUCAUGUGAACUUAGGAUACUGAACUUGUUUUAAAAAUUCAGUGUUAUCUAUUAAUAAAUGCUUAGAUCAAUUUGUAUCUUAA